UGCUCGGCCGCCUCCUACAAGGAAACAAUGCGGCGCCUCCGGGCGUAACGCAGCGCGGGGCCGGACGCCGGACACCCGAGCGCGGGCAGACGAACGAGCGGGAGGCAGGGCGGGCGCGGGGCGCCCUUGCCCGGAGCCAUGGGCGCAGCGCGGCGCGGGGCCCGGGAGCGGCGCGGCCCGGAGGCGCGAGGGGCCGGGGCGCGGGCCCGGGGCCGCCUCUAGCCGGCACCGAGGGCGCGGUCCCGGGGAUGAGGGCGACCGCGGCGGGGAGCCCGUCUGCGCGCCGCGGCGCCGUCCCGCCCAGAGAGCGAGCCCGAGCAGGCAGACGCGUGGCCGGCGGUCUGGGGGCGCGCCGCCUCCCGGCCCCCAGAAUGUGAAGCGGGGAGGGCAGAGACGCAGAGACGGCCCGGCCGGGCGCCCUCGCCGCCCUCCGGCAGCCGCGCCGCGCUCCCCUUCCCCUGCCCGCCGAGGCCGCGCCGACCCCGCGGGCCACGGCCCGGGCAGCGAAGCCGCUGAGCCCCCGCGUCGCUCGGACCCGGCUUCGGCCCGCAGCGGGUUCGUGGCCCGGACGUGGUAGGAGCAGGGCCCGGGACGGUGCGUCCGGCCUCGCCCGCGGCUCCUCGCCCAGACAAGUUUGAACAAUGAUCACAGUCAACCCUGAUGGGAAGAUAAUGGUCAGAAGAUGCCUGGUCACCCUGAGACCCUUUCGGCUUUUUGUCCUGGGCAUUGGCUUCUUCUCACUCUGCUUCCUGAUGACAUCUCUGGGAGGCCAGUUCUCAGCCCGGCGCCCGGGGGACUCCCCCUUCACUGUCCGCACAGAAGUGAUGGGUGGGCCGGAGUCCCGCGGUGUCCUCCGCAAGAUGAGUGACCUGUUGGAGCUGAUGCUGAGGCGCAUGGACACGCUGGCCAGACUGGAGAACAGCAGUGAGCUACACCGGGCUGCCGGCAACAGGCGCUUCCCUGUGGACAGGCUACCCCCUGGGGCUGGCCUCAUGGAGCGGAUCCAGGCCAUAGCCCAGAACGUCUCGGACAUCGCCGUGAAGGUGGACCAGAUCCUGCGCCACAGCCUGCUCCUGCACGGCAAGGUGUCUGAAGGCCGGCGGGACCAGUGUGAGGCACCCAGCGACCCCAAGUUCCCUGACUGCUCAGGGAAGGUAGAGUGGAUGCGUGCCCGCUGGACCUCUGACCCCUGCUACGCCUUCUUCGGGGUGGACGGCACCGAGUGCUCCUUCCUCGUCUACCUCAGUGAGGUCGAGUGGUUCUGUCCCCCGCUGCCCUGGAGGAACCGGACGGCCACCCAGAGAGCCCGCAAGCCCCUCCCCAAAGUCCAGGCAGUUUUCCGGAGCAAUCUGUCCCACCUCCUGGAGCUGAUGGGCAGCGGGAAGGAGUCUCUGAUCUUCAUGAAGAAACGUACCAAGCGGCUCACGGCCCAGUGGGCACUGGCUGCCCAGCGCCUGGCGCAGAAGCUGGGGGGCGCCCGGCGGGACCAGAAGCAGGUCCUUGUCCACAUUGGCUUCCUGACGGAGGAGUCUGGGGACGUGUUCAGCCCGCGGGUGCUGAAGGGCGGGCCUCUGGGGGAGAUGGUGCAGUGGGCAGACAUCCUGGCUGCUCUCUACGUCCUGGGCCAUGGCCUCCGGGUCACGGUGUCCCUGAAGGAGCUGCAGAGUAACUUAGGGGUGCCGCCAGGCCGGGGGAACUGCCCGCUCACCAUGCCCCUGCCUUUCGACCUCAUCUACACCGACUACCACGGGCUGCAGCAGAUGAAGCAGCACAUGGGACUCUCCUUCAAGAAGUACCGGUGCCGCAUCCGGGUCAUCGACACCUUUGGGACGGAACCUGCAUACAACCACGAGGAGUACGCCACCCUGCACGGCUACCGGACAAACUGGGGCUACUGGAACCUCAACCCUAAGCAGUUCAUGACCAUGUUCCCUCACACCCCGGACAACUCCUUCAUGGGCUUCGUGUCCGAGGAGCUCAACGAGACGGAGAAGCAGCUCAUCAAAGGCAGCAAGGCCAGCAACAUGGCCGUGGUGUACGGCAAGGAGGCGAGUAUCUGGAAGGGGAAGGAGAAGUUCCUGAGCAUCCUGAACAAGUACAUGGAGAUCCACGGCACCGUGUACUACGAGAGCCAGCGGCCCCCCGAAGUCCCGGCCUUCGUGAAGAACCACGGCCUCUUGCCGCAGCCUGAGUUCCAGCAGCUGCUGCGCAAGGCCAAACUCUUCAUAGGGUUUGGCUUCCCCUACGAGGGCCCUGCCCCGCUGGAGGCCAUCGCCAACGGCUGUGUCUUCCUGCAGUCCCGCUUCAGCCCGCCCCACAGCUCGCUCAACCAUGAGUUCUUCCGGGGCAAACCCACCUCCAGAGAGGUGUUCUCCCAGCAUCCCUACGCAGAGAGCUUCAUUGGCAAGCCCCACGUGUGGACUGUCGACUACAACAACUCAGAGGAGCUCGAAGCAGCCAUCAAGACCAUCGUGAGAACCCAGGUGGACCCCUAUCUGCCCUACGAGUACACGUGUGAGGGGAUGCUGGAGCGGGUCCAUGCCUACAUCCAGCACCAGGACUUCUGUGCGGCCCCAGGCCCUGCCCCCGCAGGGGCCCGAGCCCCGGAGAGCCCCUUCAUCCUGGCCCCCAACGCCACUCACCUCAAGUGGGCCCGCAACGCCAGCUUGGCCCCCGGGGCCUGGCCCCCAGCGCACUCCCUCCGGGCCUGGCUGGCCGCCGCUGGGAGGGCCUGCACGGACGCCUGCCUGGACCACGGGCUGAUCUGCGAGCCCUCCUUCUUCCCCUUCCUCAACAGCCAGGACGCCUUCCAGACGCUGCAGGUGCCCUGUGAUGGCACUGAGUCGGAGAUGAACCACCUGUACCCGGCCUUUGCCCAGCCGGGCCAGGAGUGCUUCCUGCAGAAGGAGCCUCUGCUCUUCAGCUGCGCCGGCUCCAGCAGCAAGUACCGCCGGCUCUGCCCCUGCCGAGACUUCCGCAAGGGCCAGGUGGCCUUGUGCCAGGACUGUCUGUGAGAGCGCCCACCCGGCUGGCCCUCCCCGCCGCAGGAGAAAGCACCAGCAGAUUCUGAGCUCCAGCGACCCGCCCUACCCACGCCCCCCCAACGCCCCCAGGCUGGAGCCUCCUUUCUUGGCCGGGACGUGGGCCGAGCCGAUAGGUGCGCAGGUCUGGGGAGGGAGGCAAGUCUGCCGAGUGCCUGGUGCCCGCCCUAGGCAGGCUCCUUGCUCUCACCCCAAGGGCUCGUGGCAGCGUUGUGGCCAAGCAGCUGGGGGUUGGUCAGAGGGUCCCACUGGCCCAGGAGCAGAUGGUCGGAGGCCCCUUGCUUUGUGCAAGACCAGAUCUGGACCAGGUGGAGUGAGGGCCUUUGUCCUUCUUGGGCCCAAGGAUGGGGCCUCUGGGCAUACGAUAGAGGAAGCGGGGUGAUGCUUGCCCAGCGGCCCACUGGAGGGUCCACAGAGUGGGGAGUGAUGUGUGAGGGGGUCAGACUUGUCCCUGUGGAGUUUGGGGUGUGGACAGAAAGGGCCAGGGACUGGGGGAAGGCCAGGCUGGGGGACCCUGUUCAUGCCUCCUCAGCCCCCCCACCCCUCCUGUUUUCCCAGAUUCCCCUCCUUUCCACACUUGGGCACCACAGUUAGGGUUGCAGGGACCACUUAGACCCUGGGUUGAAUUGUUUCCCUCUUGCUUAUUCCAACUUUCUUCACUUUGGGCAUUUCCUGAAACCUAUCCCAGCAUGACUGCGAUUCCAGACCGUGGAUUUGUUUCCAAAGCCUCAGUCCCCACCCCAGCCUCUGAGAACAGGCUCUAGAAUCUACCCUGCCCCCACCUCCUAGCAUCUUUUGUAGGCUUGGGAUGAAGCUUCAGCCCCAUGGCACACGUGGCCCAGUUCCUGGAUGCCCAGGCCUGCUACCCCCACGUAGCCACCCCUGCCCCAUCAAUGCUGUGUCCGUGUCCCUAACCUCCAGCUUCCUCCAGCCUCCAACCACCUCGGAUCCAGCCGUCCAUCCGUGUGGCAUGCCUUCCCCUUCACCUGAGGAAACAGAUCGGGCCGUCAGAAACACUGCCACCCCAACCCCGUUUUUAAUCCCACUCCCUUCCAGGCAACCCGCCCCACCCACCUAGGCCUGCCCCUCCUCCCUUCCAGGGAGGCAGCCGCAGGGCCCUGCGUCCAGAGGGUGGGGCCUGAAGGUGGAUACCUCCCAUCAGAGAGCCCUCUCGGCCUGGGCAGCUCCUGUGGCCACAGAAACUCAACAGUCACCAAGGACCUGACCUGUCGGGGGAAAGCAAUAGAGAUACUCUUUUCUGUCUCUUUUUUUUUUAAAGAUUUCUUGAAAUAAUAAAUAUUUUAUUGGGAUGUGA